AAAGCCUUUUUUCCCCAACUAAAUGCUUCAGUAUAACCAACAGGUGACCACUGAUGUGCUAAAUUAUUUUGGUUAACUACACUGUAAAAGUGGACUUAUUGGAUGUUUUUGUAUUUCUUUUUUCAGUUAUAGGCGGUUCCUAUGACUCGCUUCGCAACGUGGUGCAGGGGAUAAUAGCGAACUAAAGGUCCUGCUUCGAAUCUUUUCAACUUUACCAAAGUAUGUUCCAUCAACAUAUUUCUUCGCUUUUCAUCGUGUUCUAUUUGUACCGUUGGAAUGGAGCUGCCUUUGAAGUGAGAGUCCCUGAGAAACAGGUGGUGGCAGUCCAUAGGUCUCCAGCGAUUCUGGGGUGCACCUUUACCCCUCCUCCCACCCUGCAAGACACGGUCGUGACCUGGCAGACAGUGGCUGACCAAAGGGUCCUUCACAGUUUCUAUUACGGAACCGAUCAGCUGGAUCGGCAAAGCCCGGAGUACAAGAACAGAACGAGCUUGUACCACAAACAGCUUCUGAGCGGGAAUGCUUCUCUAAGACUGGAAGGGGCAGGUCCUCGAGAUACGGGGAAGUACCUGUGUAGUGUCAGCACCUCACAGGGAACCGACAAGGCUGAGCUUCAGCUGAGUUAUGCAGCUUUCUUCACAGAACCGCAGCUCUCUAUACUGGCCCACGACUCUACUUACACUCUCCAGUAUGAGAGUGAAGGCUAUCCAGAACCAGAGGUCCGAUGGACGGAUGCGUUGGGCAAGAACCUCACCCACAGCACCCAGGUGCUCCAGUCAGACGAGAACCCAAACCUUCUUAAGCUUCUCACCUAUGUGGUAGCCGAUACGGUCAAGAAUUUGAGCUGGACUCUCAUCGUGGUAAAUCAUCCCCUGGGACAGGUCAUUGAAAGACCUGUGAGGCUCUUUUAUGAUGACCAGAGAGACCAUGUGGAUUGCAGCAGAGAGAGACUUGCUCUGCUAUGUCCAGUUGCAUUUUGUGUAAUUGGCUUAAUUAUACUAUUUUGGGGACGGACAAAGUGUUAAAUGUCAUUUAGAUCAAAAUAUGUCCACAAGGAUUUCUAAGUUGAGAAUUUUUUUCUCUUCUUUUACUCUUGCACUAUCACUGGAUUCUUUGAAGGCGUUGUAAGAAACAGUAUAUCCUGCGUGAGAACAUGACAUUCAUGGUACAUCAGCCACUGUGACCACCACAAAUAUGGUCAGCAUAAUCUCCCAAACGGUACUCUUAUCAUGGUAACAAAGAGCAGGUCCACACCCUGGUACUGCUCAGAAACUGCAGUCAUGAAGCAAACUGAGGUGUGAGCGACCGCUACCAAUUGUAGUAUGGGUGUCAUGAUUUGGGACCUUCUGACCUCUAGAGGCUGCCCAGAAAAAAGACUCUUUGCCUGUGCCUCAUCAGCGAGUCAGGUGACCAAUUAACUCAAGUAUUUAUACCUGGCUUUUUGUCUUGAUCUUCGCUGUGUCUUCGUUUUGUUUUGUGGUUGGAAUUUUGGUUUCUAGUUUUCUUUUCUCCAAGUCUCAAGUUUACUAGUCUCCAGUCACAGUCCUUGUGUUUUUUGGUAAGUUUUUUGUGAAAUUCCUAGCCUCUUGUUUUGUUAAACCUUUUUGCUGCUAAAGUUAACUUCACUCUUUUUGCCCUCUGUUUUGUACUUUGUACUUUUUUAGUCUUUUGUAUUACUCGUUUGGGAGAAAAUUAAACAGAAAGUUUUCGCACAUCUUGUAAUUGUGAAAAGUCGCUCACAACUGAGGUGUGAGCGACCCCUGCCAAUUGUAGCAUGGGAAUGGGGGUAGACCAUUGAGAACCAGUGUUUUUUUAAUGAAUUCAUUGAAUUACUAAUGAGAAAGGUCACCAUACCUAGUUGCAUUAGAAGCCUAGUUCAUUUAGUUAAUUAAAAGCCUAGGCGGUAACUUAAGCGCUGAAUAUGAAGUAUUUUCCAUGUGCUUUGCUACUGCACUUUACUUGAAUAAAGAUUGACUGAUCAACCACAA